CUCCAACUAACUCUCCACUCACCGAACCCCAAAAAUCAUUUUCACAGAAGAAAAGGAAAAUCACAAUUUGACCACUUUCUCUCAAAAAACUCUCAUUUACACCCCUGUGAAGCAAACCACCAGCAUCAUCAACCUCAAGCAGCAGCAUGUGUGGCGGUGCUAUCAUCUCUGACUUCAUACCUCCGACCACCACCGCUCGAUCUUCUCGGCGGUUUGCGGAGGGAUUCGAGUGGUUUGGUAUGAAGAAACCCUUAGACAACAAGAAGUACUCGAAGCCAGUUGUUAUUAAUCUUGACGAUGAUUUCGAGGCUGACUUUCAAGAGUUUAAGGAUGAGUCUGAUGUCGAUGAGAAUUAUGAUGUCUUUGUUGAUGCCAAGCCUUUUUCUUUCUCUGCUACUGCUUCUGCCCCUGCUAAGAAACGUUCUGCGCCUGUUAAAUCUGCUGAAUUCAGUGGGCAAGCUGAAAAAUCAGCAAAGAGGAAGAGAAAGAACCAGUAUAGAGGAAUCCGGCAGCGCCCAUGGGGAAAAUGGGCUGCCGAGAUUCGUGACCCCAGGAAAGGGGUACGUGUCUGGCUGGGAACGUUCAAUACCGCAGAGGAAGCUGCAAGGGCGUAUGAUGCUGAGGCGCGUAGAAUUCGUGGCAAGAAAGCUAAGGUGAACUUUCCUGAUGAAGCUCCACUUGCUUCAUCAAAGCAGUCAAUUAAGGAAAACUCACGGAAACCACUUCCAAAGACAAAUUCAAGCCAGUCUUUCAGUUACUUGAGCAACCCAGAACUGAAUUAUAAUAAUAUGGGCUUUGUGGAAGAGAAACCACUUGUUAAUCAGUUUGGAUCAAUGAAUUCUUUUCCAGUCAAUGGAGAUUCUGGGAUGAAGACCUUAGCUCCAUCUGACAGUGCUCCUAUGUGUUUCAAUUCUGACCAGGGGAGCAACUCAUUUGAUUGUGACUUUGGGUGGGGAGAACAAACCCCAAUGACUCCUGAAAGCUUGACUGUUCUUGCAGCUACACCAGAAGCUGAUGAAUAUCUCCUUGCCAAUCCUGAGGAGUUGGAAUCAUACUCCGAGAAUGCAGUGCCUGUUGAAGAGAAGAAUGGAAAAUCCCUGUCUGAAGAGUUGCUGGCGUUUGACAGUCAGUUGAAAUACCUUCAGAUGCCAGAUGCUGAGGGUAGUAGCUGGGAGGCUUCUCUUGAUAGCUUCCUUAAUGUAGAGACAACUCAGGAUGGCACAAAUGCAAUGGACUUGUGGAGCUUCGAUGACUUCCCCUCUAUGGUUGGGGGAGUUUAUUGAGCCAACUUUCUGUGCUUGCUAGGCUCUGUAAAUAACAAGGCUACAUGCUCGUGAGUUUCAUCUCUAUGUUUGGCUCUUAGUUACAGAUGAAGUUUGUUCGAAGCAUAUCAAUAAUUGCCUUUCACGUUUUGUUGCUUGUAGGGAUGGUUGUUUAUCUGAGAUGGGGCUGGAGUACAAACACAGCUGAACAUGCAUAAGCCUUAGUAUGGGAGAAGCAUUCUCAGGAGCUUUUGCCAUAUAAAAGUAGGAGUUGGGUAUUUAGUUCCCGUUCUGUUGCAUUUGAAGUCAUUGAACUUGGGAAUGUUGGAUAUGAUGACUGUAAAUGACAAUAUUGUGUGAUUUGUGUUGAAGACUAAAUCCAUAAAUUUCAACUCUUCUGUUGGUUUCCCCCA